AUGGCGACCCUGGAGAAGCUGAUGAAGGCUUUCGAGUCCCUCAAGUCCUUCCAGCAGCAGCAGCAGCAGACGGUGGAGGGAGUGGCCGGGAGGGCGGGCCGGGGACACCGUCCAAUGGGAGAGCGGGGUCCCCUCCUGGGCGUCACCCUUGCUUGGGGCGUGGAGGGGACGGAGGGGACAGGAGCUGCGGGCCGAGUGGUGGUCCGGGGAGAGCUGCCCGCCCCGGCCGAGCGGGGAGGCCCGCAGACGGGGGACGGGGAGGGGACCCCCGUGUUAAAAGUACAGAUCGGGCAUGACCUCCCACGGGUGCUCCCGGGAGAUCGUGCCACGCAUGCGCAGGACUUCCCGGGCCAGCAUCCACCACAUCAGACCCACAGAACGCUUGAGCUGAGUCUUCCCAGCGUGGGCUUGGCUGUGCACAGGCAGUUGGAAGGUACCUGCGGAGUUUCUCUGCCCUUGCCUCCGGGGACCCGGAGUGUCCACCCGCCUCCCGGGGACCCGGAGUGCCCACCCGCCUCCCGGGGACCCGGAGUGCCCACCCAGGGCAGGCGGAGACUCCCCUGUGGGCAGCUGUGGACCCCAGCCCCUGACAGCACUGGGGGGAGCGUGUGUUCGUGGGCAGCCCCAGCCCCUCUACCACCCCCAGGCCCAGGGUCGUGGCUUAUCCCCAGCUCUGAGACUCAGACGCAGAGAAAGAAAGAACUUCUGAACACCAAGAAGGACCGUGUGAACCACUGUCAGACGAUAUGUGAGAAUAUCGUGGCACAGUCUCUCAGAAAUUCUCCAGAAUUUCAGAAACUGCUGGGCAUCGCCGUGGAGCUCUUCCUGCUGUGCAGUGAUGACGCGGAGUCGGAUGUCCGCAUGGUGGCCGAUGAAUGUCUCAACAAAGUGAUCAAGGCUCUGAUGGAUUCUAACCUUCCGAGGCUACAGUUAGAACUCUACAAGGAAAUUAAAAAGAACGGAGCCCCUCGGAGUCUGCGCGCUGCCCUCUGGAGGUUUGCCGAGCUGGCGCACCUGGUCCGGCCACAGAAGUGCAGGCCUUACCUGGUCAACCUGCUGCCUUGUCUGACUCGGAUAAGCAAGAGGACUGAGGAGUCGGUCCAGGAGAGCCUGGCUGCAGCCAUACCCAAAAUCAUGGCCUCCUUUGGAAACUUCGCGAACGACAACGAGAUAAAGGUGCUGCUGAAGGCGUUCAUCGCGAACCUGAAGUCCAGCUCCCCGACCAUCCGGCGGACGGCGGCCAGCUCCGCGGUGAGCGUGUGCCAGCACUCGCGGAGGACGCAGCACUUCUACAGCUGGCUACUGAGUGUGCUCCUAGGCCUGCUUGUUCCUGUUGGGGGUGAGCCGCCGACCCUCCUCAUCCUGGGGGUGCUGCUUGCCCUGAGGUACCUGGUGCCUCUGCUGCAGCAGCAGGUCAAGGACACAAGCCUCAAGGGGAGCUUCGGGGUGACACGCAAGGAAACGGAAGUGUCUCCUUCGACGGAGCAGCUGGUGCAGGUUUAUGAGCUGAUCCUGCACUACACGCAGCACCCGGACCACAAUGUUGUCACGGGGGCCCUGGAGCUGCUGCAGCAGAUCUUCCGGACCCCUCCCCCAGAGCUCCUGCAGGUGCUGACCACUGUGGGCGGCGGCCGGCGGCUGGGUGCGGCCAGGGACGAGCCGGGCUGCCGGAGUCGGAGCGGGAGCAUCGUGGAGCUCAUCGCUGGAGGGGGUUCUUCAUGCAGCCCUGUCCUUUCAAGAAAACAAAAAGGUAAAGUGCUGUUAGGAGAAGAGGAGGCCUUGGAGGACGACUCCGAGUCCAGGUCGGACGUCAGCAGCUCCGCCUUUGCAGCCUCUGUCAAGGGUGAGGUUGCGGGGGAGCUGGCCGCCUCCUCGGGGGUCUCCACGCCCGGGUCCACCAGCUCAGCCGCCGACUCCGUGGGCCACGACAUCAUCACCGAGCAGCCCCGCUCACAGCACACGCUGCAGUCGGACCCAGUGGACCUGGCCAGCUGCGACCUGGCGAGUGCUGCCACCGACGGGGACGAGGAGGACAUCCUGAGCCACAGCUCCAGCCAGAUAAGUGCCGUCCCGUCUGACCCGGCCAUGGACUUGAACGAUGGUACCCAGGCCUCCUCCCCCAUCAGCGACAGCUCCCAGACCACCACCGAAGGGCCCGACUCGGCUGUGACCCCCUCGGAUAGCUCUGAAAUCGUGUUAGACAGUGCCGACAGCCAGUACUCGGGGAUGCAGAUGGAGCACCUGCAGGACGAAGAGGAGGACGCCGCCGGGGUUCUCACGGACGAGGCCUCCGUUGCCCUUCCCCAUGCGCAUGCCCUGAGGAACGCGGGGCAUAGCCGCCAGUCUUCCGACAGCAGCGUGGAGAGACUCCUGCCUAAGGAGGAGGCUGCGGAACUGGGGGACCCCGAGAGCAAGCCUUGCAGGAUCAAAGGGGACAUUGGGCAGUUCACUGACGACGACGCUGCUCCUCUGGUCCACUGUGUCCGCCUUUUAGCCGCUUCGUUUUUGCUCACUGGGGAGAAAAACGCUCUGGUCCCGGAUCGUGACGCGAGGGUGAGCGUGAAGGCACUGGCGGUCAGCUGUGUCGGAGCAGCGGUGGCCUUGCACCCUGAAUCCUUCUUCAGCAAGCUUUAUAAGUCCCCCCUGGACCCCGUGGAGUACCCUGAGGAGCAGUACGUCUCAGACAUCCUGAACUACAUUGACCAUGGAGACCCCCAGAUCCGAGGAGCCACUGCCAUCCUCUGUGGGACCCUCGUCCACUCCAUCCUCACCCGGUCCCGUUUCCACGUGAGCGACUGGCUGGGCGCCAUGCGAGGCCUUACAGGAAACACCUUUUCUCUGGUGGAUUGUGUUCCUUUGCUGCAGAAAACCCUGAAGGACGAAUCGUCUGUGACUUGCAAGCUGGCCUGUACCGCGGUGCGGCUGUGCGUCAUGAGCCUGUGCAGCAGCAGCUACAGCGAGCUGGGCCUGCAGCUCAUCAUCGACGCGCUGCCGCUGAGGAGCAGCUCCUACUGGCUGGUGCGCACGGAGCUUCUGGAAACGCUGGCGGAGAUUGACUUCAGGUUGGUGAGCUUCCUGGAGUCCAGAGCUGAGAAGCUGCACCGCGGGGCCCAUCACUACACCGGGCUGUUAAAGCUGCAGGAGCGAGUGCUCAACAAUGUGGUCAUUUCUCUGCUGGGGGACGAAGACUCCAGGGUGCGGCACGUAGCUGCAGCUUCACUCCUGAGGCUUGUCCCCAAGCUUUUUUACAAGUGUGACCAAGGACAGGCCGACCCAGUGGUGGCUGUGGCCCGAGACCAGAGCAGCGUGUACCUGAAGCUCCUGAUGCACGAGAUGCAGCCGCCGUCCCACUUCUCCGUCAGCACCAUGACCAGAAUAUACAGAGGCUACAGCUUGCUCCCGAGUAUAACAGACGUCACUCUGGAAAAUAACCUCUCGCGGGUCAUCGCGGCAGUGUCGCACCAGCUCGUCAGGUCCACGACGCGGGCCCUCACGUUUGGAUGCUGUGAAGCCUUGUGUCUCCUGUCCACCGCCUUUCCGGUCUGCGUCUGGAGUUUAGGCUGGCACUGCGGGGUGCCUCCGCUGGGCGGCGCCGACGAGUCCCGCAAGAGCUGCACCGUCGGGAUGGUCACGGUGAUCCUCACGCUGCUGUCCUCGGCCUGGUUCCCCCUCGACCUGUCCGCCCAUCAGGACGCCCUUACCCUAGCCGGAAACUUGCUCGCAGCCAGUGCCCCCAGGUCUCUGAGGAGCUCCUGGAGCACCGAAGAAGAGGCCAGCACAGCCGCCACCAGGCAGGAAGAGGCCUGGCCGGCUCUGGGGGACCGCAGCCUGGUGCCCAUGGUAGAGCAGCUCUUCUCGCACCUGCUGAAGGUGAUCAACAUCUGCGCCCACGUCCUGGACGACGUGGCCCCUGGACCAGCCGUCAAGGCAGCUCUGCCUUCUCUCACGAACCCCCCUUCUCUAAGCCCAAUUCGACGGAAGGGAAAGGAGAAGGAAGCGGGGGAGCAGGUCGCUGUGCCGCUGAGCCCCAAGAAGGGCCCCGAGGCUGGUCCAGCUUCCCGACAGCCCGAUACCCCAGGGCCGGCUACAACGAGUAAGUCCUCCACACUGGGGGGUUUCUACCACCUUCCUUCAUACCUCAAGCUGUACGAAGUCCUGAAGGCCACGCACACCAACUACAAGGUCACCUUGGAUCUCCAGAGCAGCACUGAGAAGUUUGGGAGCUUUCUGCGUUCGGCCUUGGACGUCCUCUCCCAGAUUCUAGAACUGGCCACUCUGCAGGACAUCGGGAAGUGCGUUGAAGAGAUCCUCGGGUACCUCAAGUCCUGCUUCAGCCGCGAGCCCAUGAUGGCCACAGUAUGCGUUCAGCAGCUGCUGAAGACUCUGUUUGGAACCAACUUGGCGUCGCAGUUCGAUGGCCUGUCCUCCAACCCCAGCAAGUCUCAGGGCCGCGCCCAGCGCCUGGGCUCCUCGAGCAUCCGGCCGGGCCUGUACCACUACUGCUUCAUGGCGCCCUACACCCACUUCACCCAGGCGUUGGCCGACGCCAGUCUGAGGAACAUGGUGCAGGCGGAGCAGGACCAUGACACGUCGGGGUGGUUCGAUGUCCUCCAGAAAGUGUCCUCUCAGCUGAAGACCAACCUCACGGGCGUCACAAAGAACCGUGCGGAUAAGAAUGCUAUUCACAACCACAUCCGCUUGUUCGAGCCUCUGGUCAUAAAGGCUCUGAAGCAGUACACCACCACAACGUCCGUGCAGUUACAGAGGCAGGUCUUGGACCUGCUGGCGCAGCUCGUCCAGCUACGGGUCAACUACUGCCUGCUGGACUCGGACCAGGUCUUUAUUGGGUUUGUGCUGAAGCAGUUUGAAUACAUCGAAGUAGGCCAGUUCAGGGAGUCGGAAGCAAUUAUCCCAAACGUCUUUUUCUUCUUGGUCUUGCUGUCUUAUGAGCGCUAUCACUCCAAGCAGAUCAUUGGGAUUCCCAAGAUCAUCCAGCUGUGCGACGGCAUCAUGGCCAGCGGGAGGAAGGCUGUGACCCACGCCAUUCCGGCCCUGCAGCCCAUCGUGCAUGACCUCUUCGUGCUGAGAGGAGCCAACAAAGCGGACGCGGGCAAGGAGCUGGAGACCCAGAAGGAGGUGGUGGUGUCCAUGCUGCUGCGGCUCAUCCAGCACCACCAGGUGCUGGAGAUGUUCAUCCUGGUCCUACAGCAAUGUCACAAGGAAAACGAGGACAAGUGGAAGCGGCUGUCACGGCAGGUCGCCGACGUCAUCCUCCCCAUGCUGGCCAAGCAGCAGAUGCACAUUGACUCUCACGAAGCCUUGGGCGUGCUCAACACCUUAUUCGAGAUCCUGGCCCCGUCGUCGCUGCGCCCGGUGGAUAUGCUGCUGCGGAGCAUGUUCGUCACGCCCAGCACCAUGGCGUCCGUGAGCACUGUCCAGCUGUGGAUCUCAGGCAUCCUGGCCAUUCUGAGGGUUCUCAUUUCCCAGUCAACUGAAGACAUCGUUCUCUCGCGGAUUCAGGAACUCUCCUUCUCUGCACAUCUCCUCUCUUGUCCCGUAAUUAAUAGGCUCAGAGAAGGAAGCAGCAGUCCAGCGCCGGAGGGACACAGCGAAGGGAGACACGGGAAAAGUCUGCCAGAGGAAACCUUUUCCAGGUUUCUGCUCCAGUUGGUCGGCAUUCUUUUAGACGACAUCGUGACAAAGCAGCUGAGAGUGGAUGUGAGCGAACAGCAGCACACCUUCUACUGCCAGGAGCUGGGCACGCUGCUCAUGUGUCUGGUCCACAUCUUCAAGUCAGGAAUGUUCCGGAGGAUGACUGCGGCCGCCACGCGGCUCUUCACCAGCGAGGCCUCCGAUGGCAGCUUCUACACCCUCGAGGGCCUGAACGCUCACGUCCGAGCCAUGGUGCCCACCCACCCGGCCCUCGUGCUGCUCUGGUGCCAGCUCCUGCUCCUGGUCAACUACACGGACUAUCGCUGGUGGGCCGAGGUGCAGCAGACCCCGAAGCGACACAGUCUGUCCAGCACCAAGCUGCUCAGCCCUCAGGCGCUGGGAGAGGCGGACUCUGACUGGGCUUCCAGGCUGGGCAUGUGCAACCGCGAGAUCGUGCGAAGAGGGGCGCUCAUCCUCUUCUGUGACUACGUGUGUCAGAACCUGCAUGACUCGGAGCACCUCACGUGGCUGACCGUCAACCACAUUCAGGACCUCAUCAGCCUGUCCCACGAGCCCCCGGUCCAGGACUUCAUCAGCGCCGUCCACCGGAACUCCGCCGCCAGCGGCCUCUUCAUCCAGGCCAUCCAGUCUCGCUGUGACAACCUGUCGACGCCCACCAUGCUCAGGAAGACCCUCCAGUGCCUGGAGGGUAUCCACCUCAGCCAGUCGGGCGCCGUGCUGACGCUGUACGUGGACCGGCUGCUGCACACCCCGUUCCGCGUGCUGGCACGCAGGGUGGACACGCUGGCCUGCCGCCGGGUGGAGAUGCUGCUGGCCGCCAACACACAGAGCAGCGUGUCGCAGCUGCCGUUGGAAGAGUUGAACAGGAUCCAGGAGUACCUGCAGAGCAGCGGCCUGGCGCAGAGACACCAAAGACUCUACUCCCUGCUGGACAGGUUCCGUCUCUCCACUGUCCCUGAAUCACAGAGCCCCGCCCCACCUGUCACCUCCCACCCGCUGGACGGGGAUGGGCAUAUGGCCUUGGAAGCAGUGAACCCAGACAAAGACUGGUACAUCCGCCUCGUCAGGUCCCAGUGCUGGACCCGGUCGGACUCUGCGCUGCUGGAAGGCGCCGAGCUGGUGCACCGGAUUCCUGCUGGGGAGCUGGAGGCGUUCAUGAUGAACCCGGAGUUCAACAUAAGCCUGCUGGCUCCCUGCUUAAGCCUGGGUGUGAGGGAGCUCUCCGGGGGCCAGGGGAGCCCCCUCUUUGAGACGGCCCGCUUGGUGACUCUGCACCGGAUGAGCAGCGUCGUCCAGCAGCUCCCCGCCACCCACCAGCCGUACCAGCCCUCCUUCCCCCCCGAGUCCUCAGCCUACUGGAGCAAGCUCAGCGACCUGUUUGGGGACGCCACGGUGUACCAGUCACUGACCACACUGGCUCGGGCCCUGGCGCAGUACCUGGUGGUCCUCUCCCGAGUUCCCAGCCAUCUGCAUCUCCCCCCAGAGAAGGAGGAGGACGUUGUCAAGUUUGUGGUGAUGACUCUGGAGGCCCUGUCGUGGCAUUUGAUCCACCGGCAGAUGCCACUGAGCCUGGACCUGCAGGCUGCCCUGGACUGCUGCUGCGUGGCACUGCAGCUGCCAGGCCUCUGGCUCGUCCUGUCCUCCCUGGAGUUCGUGACCCACGCCUGCUCCCUCAUCCACUGCGUGCGCUUCGCCCUCGAGGCCAUUGCUGUGCAGCCGGGGGACCAGCUUCUCAGCCCAGAGAGGAGGAUGAACCCCGCCGCGGCCCUCCGAGAGGACAGAGCAGAUGCAGACUCCGCACCUCCGCAGUACGUCACCACAGCCUGUGAGCUGGUGGCCGAGAUGGUGGAGGCCCUGCAGUCGGUGCUGGCCCCCGGCCACAGACGGAACAGCAACGUGCCUGCCUUCCUCACGUCGGUGCUGAAGAACAUCGUGGUCAGCCUGGCCCGCCUGCCCCUUGUCAACAGCUACACCCGGGUCCCUCCACUGGUGUGGAAGCUCGGGUGGUCCCCCAAACCUGGAGGGGACUUUGGCACAGCACUUCCUGAGAUCCCCGUGGAAUUUCUUCAAGAAAAGGAGGUCUUCAAGGAGUUCAUCUACAGAAUCAACACACUAGGGUGGACCAGUCGGACCCAGUUUGAGGAAACGUGGGCCACCCUCCUCGGUGUUCUGGUGACGCAGCCCCUCUCAAUGGAGCAGGAGGAGAGCCAACCUGAGGAAGACACGGAGAGGACCCAGAUCCACGUCCUGGCUGUGCAGGCCAUCACCUCCUUGGUGCUGAGCGCCAUGGCAGUUCCUGUGGCCGGCAACCCCGCCGUCAGCUGCCUGGAGCAGCAGCCGCGUAACAAGCCGCUGAAAGCCCUCGACACCAGGUUUGGGAGGAAGUUGAGUGUCAUCAGAGGAAUUGUUGAACAGGAAGUUCAAGCAAUGGUUUCCAAGAGGGACAACAUUGCCACCCAUCAUUCAUACCAAGCGUGGGACCCUGUCCCUUCCCUCGCUCCAGCGACUACAGGUGCCCUCAUCAGCCAUGACAAGCUGCUGCUCCAGAUUAACCCUGAGCGUGAGCUGGGCAACAUGAGCUACAAGCUCGGCCAGGUUUCAAUCCACUCUGUGUGGCUGGGCAACAGCAUCACCCCCCUGCGAGAGGAGGAGUGGGACGAGGAGGAGGAGGAGGAGGCUGACGUGCCGCUGCCUUCCUCACCGCCCACAUCACCUGUCAACUCCAGGAAGCAUCGGGCCGGGGUGGACAUCCACUCCUGCUCACAGUUUUUGCUGGAGCUGUACAGCCGCUGGCUCCUGCCGUCCGGCUCGGCCAGGAAGACCCCUGUCAUUCUCAUCAGCGAGGUGGUGCGAUCUCUCCUUGUGGUCUCAGACUUGUUCACGGAGCGCAACCAGUUCGAGAUGAUGUAUUCGACACUGAUGGAGCUCCGGCGGGUGCACCCUUCUGAAGACGAGAUCCUGGUGCAGUACUUGGUGCCAGCCACAUGCAAAGCUGCUGCUGUCCUGGGCAUGGACAAGGCCGUGGCGGAGCCCGUCAGCCGCCUGCUGGAGAGCGCCCUCCGGAGCAGCCACCUGCCCAGUCGCCUCGGGGCCCUCCACGGCGUGCUCUACGUGCUCGAGUGUGACCUGCUGGACGACACGGCCAAGCAACUCAUCCCAGUCGUCAGCGACUACCUGCUGUCCAACCUCAAGGGGAUCGCCCACUGCGUGAACGUCCACAGUCAGCAGCACGUCCUGCUCAUGUGUGCCACAGCCUUCUACCUGAUCGAGAACUACCCGCUGGAUGUGGGGCCCGAGUUCUCUGCUUCCAUCAUCCAGAUGUGCGGCGUGAUGCUGUCGGGCAGCGAGGAGGCCACACCGUCCGCCGUGUUCCACUGUGUCUUACGGGGCCUGGAGCGUCUCCUCCUCUCGGAACAGCUCUCGCGGCUGGACGCAGAGUCCUUGGUCAAGCUGAGCGUGGACCGCGUCAACGUUCACAGCCCGCACCGCGCCAUGGCGGCCCUGGGCCUGAUGCUCACCUGCAUGUACACCGGGAAGGAGAAGGUCAGUCCUGGGAGGACAGCAGACCCCAACUCCUCAGCCCCAGACAGCGAGUCAGUGAUUGUCGCUAUGGAGCGGGUAUCUGUCCUUUUUGACAGGAUCCGGAAGGGGUUUCCCUGUGAAGCCAGGGUGGUGGCCCGGAUUCUCCCACAGUUCCUGGAUGACUUCUUCCCACCCCAGGAUGUCAUGAACAAAGUCAUCGGAGAGUUCCUGUCCAACCAGCAGCCGUACCCUCAGUUCAUGGCCACGGUCGUGUACAAGGUCUUCCAAACGCUGCACAGCACAGGGCAGUCAUCCAUGGUACGAGACUGGGUCAUGCUCUCACUCUCCAACUUCACGCAGCGCACGCCCGUGGCCAUGGCCAUGUGGAGCCUCUCCUGCUUCUUCGUCAGCGCCUCCACCAGCCCCUGGGUGUCAGCCGUUCUCCCGCACGUCAUCAGCAGGAUGGGCAAGCUGGAGCCCGUGGACGUGAACCUCUUCUGCCUCGUUGCCACGGACUUUUACCGACACCAGAUAGAGGAGGAACUCGACCGCAGAGCCUUCCAGUCGGUGUUCGAGGUGGUGGCGGCGCCGGGCAGCCCGUACCACCGGCUGCUGGCGUGUCUGCGCGGCGCGCACCAGGGCACCACGGGCUGA